CAGUGGAGUACUCAGUCAGUGUCAGUCUGUCAAGUUCAGCCAGGCAGUUUACAGUUGAUCACCUGUGAAUUGCAUUAUAUUUUAGUGAGUUGGCUAUUUUACUGUAAUUUUACACUAAACACAUAUCUCUAUUAAGUAAAAAAAUGUCGAAAAAGAAGGGAUCCAAGAAGACCCAAGACUUCGAUGACGACUUUGAGGAGAAAAAGACUUUAUCCAACGAUUCUCAUGAGGUAACCUCUAAAAGUAAGGGAAAAGGGAAGAAGAAGGGUAAAAGCAAUGCAGGUGAUUGGAGCGACAGUGAAGAAGGAGAUCAUCAGAAGAAGGUUUUAGCAUCCGAUGACGAAGACGUUCCGAAACCAGCAGCAAAGAAAUCACAAAAGAAAGCUAAAAAUAAAAAGAAGGGCCAUGAUUCUGAUGAAGAGCUAGAUGACAGUAAAUCAGUAGCCAGCAAUGCCACCAGCACUGCUCCUAAACCUGCAGCCAAGGCUAGCAAAAAGAAGAAAGGCAAAGGUAAGAAGGAUGAGGACUGGUCUUCAGAAGGUAGCGAUGUUGAACUGAAAGAAGUUUCAGAAGAGGAAACUGUGAAGCCUGUAUCUAAAAAGAAAACUAAAAAUAAAAAGAAGAAUAUAGAAGCUGAAUCUUCAGAGGAUGAGGAUCAUGAUGACUCCAAAUCAGUAGUAAGCAAUGUUUCAAGCAACCAAGCCAAGCCUGCUGCUAAGUCAAAGAAACAAAAAGGUAAAGGAAAGAAAGAAGACUGGCCCGAUGAGGAAAGUGAUAAGGAAUUAAAAAUGGAACCAUCUGAAGAUGAAGAAGAAAUUGUAAUUCCUGUAGUUAAGAAAGGUAAAAAUAAAAAGAAGAACAACAUUGAUGAUAUUGAGGCAGAAUUAAAGAAGUUUGAAAUGAAGGAUCCUGAACCAGAACCUGAACCACCGGCUAAAACAAAGGAAUCAAAGAAGAAAUCCAAACCAGUAGAAAUUGUAGAACCUGAAGGUUCUGGUGAUGAAGUAUCCAUGGAGACUGAUGACAAGGUUGCAGACCUUCCCGAAAAAGAGAAAGAGGAGCCAGCGGAGAAGAAAAUGAGUCACAAAGAGAAGAAGAAGUUGAAGAAACAACAGGAGUAUGAGAAGCAGAUGGAACUGCUUACCAAGAAGGGUGGUCAGGGUCACAGUGAUCUGGAUGCUAACUUCACUGUUAGUCAGGCACAGAAAACUGCUGGUCAAAUGGCAGCCCUAGAAAAUGCAGUAGACAUCAAAGUAGAGAACUUCUCAAUAGCCGCGAAAGGCAAAGACUUAUUCGUGAAUGCUAACCUCCUUAUUGCCAACGGUCGGAGGUACGGUCUUGUAGGCCCUAACGGUCACGGCAAGACGACCUUACUGAGGCACUUGGCACAACGUGCGUUUCCUUUGCCACCGCAUAUAGAUAUACUGCUUUGUGAACAAGAAGUGACAGCUAGUGAUAUGAGUGCCGUCGAUACUCUGUUGGAAGCUGAUGUGAAGAGGACUGAAUUGCUCAAGGAAUGCAAAGAAUUGGAAGCUUUAACAGAAAAGGGAGAUCUCAGUAAACAGGAUAGGUUGAAUGAGGUAUAUGCAGAACUGAAAGCGAUAGGCGCGGACUCUGCGGAGCCCCGUGCGCGGCGUAUCCUGGCCGGGUUAGGGUUCAGUCGGGAGAUGCAGGAUCGUGCCACUAAGAACUUCUCUGGAGGCUGGCGAAUGAGAGUGUCGCUUGCUAGAGCUCUGUACGUGGAGCCGACGCUACUAAUGCUUGACGAGCCUACGAACCAUUUAGAUCUGAACGCUGUCAUUUGGUUAGACAACUACCUCCAAGGUUGGAAGAAGACCCUUCUCGUAGUAUCUCACGACCAGUCGUUCUUAGAUAACGUGUGUAACGAGAUCAUUCACUUGGACACGCAGAAGUUGUACUAUUACAAGGGCAAUUACUCCAUGUUCAAGAAAAUGUACGCUCAGAAGAGAAAGGAGAUGAUUAAGGAGUAUGAGAAGCAAGAGAAGAGAUUGAAGGACUUGAAGGCGCAUGGACAAUCUAAGAAACAAGCUGAAAAGAAACAAAAGGACGCUCUAACCCGCAAACAAGAGAAGAACCGCAGCAAGGCUCAGCGUGAAGACGAGGACAGUGCAGCCCCCACCGCGCUGCUGCAGCGGCCCAAGGAGUACAUCGUCAAGUUCUCGUUCCCCGACCCACCGCCACUGCAGCCUCCUAUACUUGGCUUGCUUAAUGUGGACUUCAACUUCCCGAGUCAGAAGCCGCUGUUCAAGGGCGUAGACUUCGGCAUAGACUUGAACUCGCGUAUCGCCAUCGUUGGGCCCAACGGUGUAGGCAAGUCUACCUUCCUCAAACUGCUGGUGGGAGAACUGUCGCCCGUGAAAGGAGAACUUAUUAGGAACCAUAGACUGAGGAUAGGUCGCUUCGACCAGCAUUCGGGCGAACAUUUGACCGCCGAAGAAACGCCCGCCGAGUACCUACAGAGGUUAUUCGGCUUACAAUACGAGAAGGCGAGGAAAGCCCUCGGUACCUUCGGCUUGGCCAGUCAUGCGCAUACUAUUAAAAUGAUGGACCUCAGUGGAGGUCAGAAGGCCAGGGUGGCGCUCGCUGAGUUGACCCUUAUGGCACCUGAUGUUGUUAUUUUGGAUGAACCUACAAACAACUUGGACAUCGAGAGUAUAGACGCGUUAGCCGACGCGAUCAACGAUUACAAGGGCGGCGUCGUCAUCGUGUCUCACGACGAACGACUCAUCAGGGAGACUGACUGUGCGCUCUACGUUAUUGAAGACCAGACUAUUAAUGAGGUUGACGGAGACUUCGAUGACUACCGUAAGGAGUUGCUGGAGAGCCUCGGAGAGACCAUCAACUCGCCUUCGAUCAUCGCCAACGCUGCGGUCCAACAAUAAGAGAAAGGGACCCGUUGUACCAUUUGUUGAAAUUAUUUGCACCUGUACUUAUGUUUUAUAUACAUGUACUCCCACAUUUUUACUUACGGCUAGUUGCACCAUUUAACUAUCAUCAAUCAUCAUCAUCAUCAUCAUGUCAGCCAAUUGCCGUCCACUGCUGAACGUGGGUCUCCCCCAACGAACGCCAACCUAACCAUUUUCAGAUGUCAAAUUGCCGAUUUGACCAAUGGCCGGCGAGUACACGGCUGGUUAUUGUCAUAGUUAAAUGGUGCAAUU